AUGGUGCUAAUUAUAGAAAGGCCAUCCAUUCUCCUGCUCUUGGGUUUUCUCUUACAGCACUCGUCAUGCAUCCUUCUGUUGGUCCAAUCUUCCACCACCAACUUUACCGACCAAUCAGCUCUCAUUGCCUUCAAAUCGGAAAUCAGUUCCGGUCCAAACGAAACUCAUAUCUUGGCUGGUAAUUGGUCCACAACUACAAACUUUUGCAGUUGGAUUGGGGUCUCAUGUAGCCGCCGCAGGCAAAGAGUCAUUGCUUUGAACCUUUCCUACAUAGGACUCCAAGGUACCAUUUCUCCACAUAUUGGUAACCUCUCUUUCCUUGUCUAUCUUAAUCUACGCAAUAAUAGUUUCUUUGGUUCUUUGCCCCAUGAAAUCAGUCGCCUACAUCGCUUGAGAAUACUCCAGCUCUCAUACAACCUAUUGGAAGGCAGUAUCCCUCCAACUUUGCAUAAUUGUCGGAAUCUUCGAGAAAUACAUCUCAUGAAAAACCAUCUUUCGGGGGCAAUUCCAUCAACCCUCGCCAACAUUUCGUCAUUAGAGUUCUUGAAUUUGCAAUACAAUAGCCUCACUGCUCCAUUUCCUCUUGCCAUCUUUAACAUAUCCUCUCUAACCAUAAUUGCUCUUUCAAGAAAUAGCAUCUCUGGAACUCUUCCAAUGGAUCUUUGUAGCCUUUGUCCUAAUUUUCGUGGGCUUUAUCUUUUGGACAACCAAUUCAAUGGUCGGCUCCCUUCACAAAUGAAUCACUGUAGAGAGCUUCUAGUCUUGAACCUAGAAAAUAAUAGAUUUGAGGGGAGUAUUCCAGAAGGUUUUGGGAGUUUAGAAAAGCUUGAAUUUCUAGCUCUUGGAAGUAACAGCUUAACUGGUAAUAUACCUCCUACUAUAAGUAACUUGUCGAGGUUAUCUACAUUUCUCAUUAACAAUAAUUACAUUAAAGGAAGCAUUCCGAGUGAUUUUUGGCGUCUUCCAAAUCUGUCGUCAGUGAAUUUUGGCUUCAAUCAUCUCGUAGGGGAAAUCCCACAAAACCUUUUCAACAUUUCCUCUCUACAACAAGUCUCCUUUGUAAAUAAUUCCCUAUUUGGAAAUCUGCCAUCAAAUUCUGAAUUUUCCUGCCCCAGUCUUGAAAAUCUAUAUUUUGCUAGCAACAAAGUUAGUGGUCCAAUCCCAUCGUAUCUUUCAAAUUGUUCCAAGCUCGCCAAGGUAGAUUUUUUUAACAACUUACUCUAUGGGCCAAUUCCCACCAGUCUUGGACACUUAAAAUACCUACAAGCUCUUUCUCUGGGUAAUAAUCAGCUGACAGGAGAGCCUGGAAAUCAAGAGCUUAAUUUUCUUACAUCUUUAUCUAAUUGCAGAUUUUUAGAACGAUUUUUCAUAUCCAAUAAUCCCUUGGAUGUUACUCUUCCGGAUUCUAUUGGAAACUUUUCAACCACCCUUCACUCAAUUCGUCUAUUCCAAAGUAAAAUAAAGGGUCACAUUCCUAUGGGAAUUGGUUCCUUGAAAGCCUUGACCUCACUUGUUUUGAAUGGUAACAAUUUGUCUGGAAACCUACCGCCGACAAUUGGGGGAUUGGAGAGGUUACAAAGAUUAUAUCUUGGUGGCAAUAAAAUUGAAGGAAUCAUUCCAGAAGACAUAUGUCAGUUAAACAAUUUAGGUGAGUUAGACCUCUCAAAUAACAAAAUCUCUGGAUCCAUCCCAAAUUGCAUUUCGAACCUCAAUCUUCUGCAAAGGCUAUACCUUAGUUCUAAUAGGCUGGAAUCAACAAUACCAUUUGAUUUAUGGAGCCUUGAAAAUCUAUUGUUUUUGGACCUAUCAUCGAAUCUCCUUGGGGGAUAUUUGUCUCCAAACAUGAAAAAAUCAGAUGUUGUUGUAGGCAUUGAUUUAUCUCAAAACCAAAUUGCUGGAAAUAUUCCAAGCAUCAUUGGAGCUUUUGAAAGCUUAAAUUAUCUUAACUUGUCAAAGAACUCAUUUCAAGGAGAAAUUCCACAAUCUUUUGGAGACUUGAAAGGAUUGGAUAUCUUAGAUCUUUCUUACAAUGAUCUUUUUGGUGUAAUUCCUAAGGCUCUUGAGGCACUUUCACAUCUCAAGUAUUUGAAUGUGUCUUUGAACAAGCUAUCUGGAGAGAUCCCAUCAAGUGGGCCUUUUGCAAACUUCACAGCUAAAUCAUUUUUAGGAAACAAAGCACUUUGUGGGGAUCCAACUUUUGGAGUUCCACCUUGUCCAAGCCCAAGCUCCCAACGAUCAAAGGUGAAACAAAGUCUGCUCAAAUAUUUUCUUCCUACCAUUGCUUCAGUUACAAUCUGUCUAGCAUUGGUUUAUAUGCUGAGAAGACAUCGAGAAAGAAAAUUGCAGGUUCCAAGUUUAUUUAAUACAUUGCCUGUAUUGGACCAGAGAAUGAUAUCAUAUCAAGAGCUUUACCAAGGGACAAACAACUUUUGUGAAAGCAACUUGCUUGGAGCUGGAGGUUUUGGUUCUGUGUACAAAGGGAUGUUGCUUGACGGGACAAUUGUUGCUAUUAAAGUUCUAAAUUUGCAAUUGGUGGGUGCUUUAAAAAGUUUCGAUGCAGAAUGCAAGGUCAUACGAACAAUCCGACAUAGGAAUCUUGUUAAAGUCAUUAGUACAUGCUCUAACUUUGAGUUCAAAGCUUUAAUACUGCAAUACAUGUCAAACGGCAGCCUUGAAAGGUGGUUAUACUCUUAUAACUACUGCUUGAAUCUUUUUCAAAGAGUAAACAUUAUGGUUGAUGUUGCAUCAGCGUUGGACUAUCUCCACCAUGAUCAAUUAGAAUCUGUGGUGCACUGUGAUUUGAAGCCUACCAAUAUCCUUCUAGAUGAAGACAUGGUUGCACAUGUGAGUGACUUUGGCAUUGCAAAGAUUUUAGUCGAACACAAGGAUGCUAUACAAACCAAAACUCUUGGUACACUUGGUUACAUUGCACCAGAGUAUGGCUUGGAAGGAAAAGUAUCCAUCAAAAGCGACGUUUAUAGCUACGGUAUAAUAUUGUUGGAGAUGAUCACAAGAAAGAAACCUACCGACAAAAUGUUUGUAGGAGAAUUGACUUUGAGGCAAUGGAUAAAUGCAUCAUUUCCUGACAGGAUGAUGGAAGUUGUGGAUGACAAUUUAUUGAGAACAGAAAAUGAAAGAGAUGUAACUAUCACGCAAAGUGUUCUUUCAUCCAUUAUGGAAUUAGGCUUAAGGUGUUCUGAAGAGUUACCAGAUGAAAGAGUUGAUAUCAAAGAUGUGCUUGCUAAGCUUAAAAAAAUCAAAUUAACACUUUUUGGAAACAAAAGUGAAGGUGUUUGAUAUCUUUUAUGUAGGUUUUAUAUAGUUUGUCCUUUUAAUCUCUUAGAGUACUUACAAGUUGUAUGUUUUAUGUUUGUAUGACUUUUCAUGUUUAAAUAAAUGGCUUAAGAUUUUCUAACAUCUUCCUCUUGAGCCUUUUAUCA